CUCCCGUUAGCUCCGGGGCGUCUUGACGCUGGCGGUAGGAAUGGCGGCUAAGAUUACUAGAGGAAGGCUCCCAGAGAAGACCAUGAAACUUUACUUCUAACGGCCUCCGCGGAGGAAUCCGGUUCUAGCGAAACGCAGAAACACAGUCCCGUAACCGGAUUUAAAAGGAGAAGAAGUGGCGGUGUACGUGAGAUUUAAAGCGGGUUUAAAAAAAAAAAAAAAAGGGGGCUCCAAACGGCUGGAGGAGGAAGGAGGAGGAGGAGGAGGAGGAGGUGGACGCACUUUAGCUUAGUUAGCUUCCACUGACUUUGAUUCAAGGUAGCCCCCGUUAGCUCGCCGCUGCAGUUUACUAGCCAGCUGUUGGCCCUAACAAGUUAACUUUAAGUGAUUAAACUGUAUGAAAGCGAGCCUCGCUUUUUGUUUUUUUGUGUUUUUGAAUGUUUGUAUUUGUGAACACACAGUGUUAGGGAGCGGGGGGUGGAACGAGCAGCCGUUGGUGAACGUUAUUCACUCGCUAACCGUCGCUUUGGUGGAACGUGAAGUCUCGCCCAUUUUUUUAGGAUCCUGCCCCGGCCAUUGGUUAAUAAUCAGAAAACUAGCUGAACUAGUCCGGUUCCUUUCUCCAGGUUCCGAUUGGUACUUACUCACUACGAUACGAUGGAAAGUCUAACGUUGAGUGACAUCGAGCAGAAGUAUUACUCGGAUUUGUUCGUCUACUGCGACACGGACAACACCAAAAAAGUCGCCUCCAACGGGAGAGUUCUUGACCUUUUCCGGGCGGCCCAGCUACCCAGCGAAGUUGUCCUGCAGAUCACGGAGCUAUGUGGAGCCACUCGACUGGGUCACUUUGGGCGGAGCCAGUUCUACAUCGCUCUGAAGCUCAUUGCCAUUGCCCAGUCCGGUUUGCCCCUGAGGGUGGAGAGCCUCAACUCGGUCAAAGACCUGCCGCUGCCGAGGUUUGUGGUGGGGAAGAACGAGGCGGAGGCGAGGCACGCAGCGCUCUACCAAGACCCAGACAGUCAGGGGUUGUACCCAGCUUCUGCCACAGCAGUAAUACCCAGACCACCGGGCAGAGGUCUCCAGAACAAGAAAGGUCCCCCAACGUCAACCUCGCUUCCUGUCCAUGAGGUCAUCCAGCCUCUGGCACCCAGCAUAGAACCACAGCCCGAACCGACGUCCCCGGUGGUCUCCCCUCACCAGUCUCCCCCCACCUCCCCUCACUCGUGGAGGAAACACAAGCGGCAGCACAGCGGUGGAAACGCAGAAAGACAACCGGUGGUGGCCGCAACCGGAGCCGUGUGGACGCAGUUCAGAGAACCACAAGCAGGUCCGGUGCCAGGUGAGAAAAUGUGGUCGUCCCACUCUCCUCCUCCUCCGGGUCAGGAAAGUUGGGUCAGUUUCACAGCGGACACCCCGCCAUCCAGUGCGCUCCCAGCAAUGCAUCCCUCGUCAGUCCAGGAAAGCACAACGAUACGGACAGUGGCCUCGGCAGCAACGACCAAUGAGAUCCAGCGACAGUCCAGCGGCUACGAUGAUCCGUGGAAGAUCACGGAUGAGCAGAGACAGUAUUAUAUUAACCAGUUUAAAACCAUCCAGCCAGACCUCACCGGCUUCAUACCUGGUUCAGCCGCAAAAGAGUUCUUCACCAAAUCAAAACUACCGAUUUUAGAGUUAUCACAUAUUUGGGAGCUGUCAGACUUCGAUAAAGACGGAGCGCUGACCCUGGACGAGUUCUGCGCCGCCUUCCACCUGGUCGUGGCCAGGAAGAAUGGCUACGACCUCCCCGAGAAGCUGCCUGAGAGCCUGAUGCCAAAGCUGAUUGACCUGGAUGACUCAGCAGAGGUCCCGGAUGCGGCCGCUGACGUUGGAUACUCUGGUUCCCCGGUGGAGGUCACCCCCAACAAAUCUCCCUCCAUGCCUUCACUGAACCAGGCCUGGCCGGAGAUGAACCAGAGCAAUGAGGACACGGCUAUCGUCCACCCAGUCCCCAUCCGGAUGACGCCCAGUAAGAUCCACAUGCAGGAGAUGGAGCUGAAGAGGACUGGCAGCGACCACAACCACCCGACCAGUCCUCUGCUGGCUAAACCUCCAGAACUGUCCGAAGAAGCCAAAUUACCUGCCUCCAUGAAGUUUGUAGCCGCCAACACUGUAGGUGAUGGUUACAGCAGUUCAGACUCUUUCACAUCAGACCAGGAACCAAUCACAAGACAAAGGUCUCAGUCGGGUACGUCUCCAGAGGCUCUGAAGGUGGUAGCGCCUCCUCCACCUCCACCCCGACCCCACCCCUCUCACUCACGCUCCUCGUCUCUCGACAUGAACCGCACCUUCGCCGCCACGGCGACACCGGGGCAACCGCAACCCUCGACGAUAGCGUAUCCGCCUGCUGUGCCUCCUCGACCGCUUCCCACACAGACAUCAGUCCCACACACCGGGCAUCGUGCAGAGGCCGAAGGUGCACCAGGAGGCGGAGCGGUGCUCACAACCACGUCCCCCCAACAGAUUCCCCAGCAGCCCAAUUUCGCCGACUUCAGUCAGUUUCAGGCCUUCGCUGCGUCUGAGCAGCCCUCAAGUCUGCCGGAGGUGGACAUACACAGCGAGGCUGGACAGGCAGAAAAGCCAUCGGAGGGAGCCGGUCCUCUGAGAACAGUGAAGAGUGACGGCCAAGCAGAUGAGAGAUCCUCGGCUACUGUGAACUCUGCCAAGGUUUCGUCCGGUCCGUUCGCCCCUCCUCCAAAACCCGUACGCCGAAGGUUGAAGUCUGAGGACGAGCUUCGACCGGAGGACGAGCAACACGGUCCGCAGAAAUCAAACGUCAUAGCUGCCGUUCUGGCCACACAGCCCUCCAUCCCCAGGUCAGUAGGAAAGGACAAAAAGGCGAUUCAAGCUUCAAUUAGAAGAAACAAGGAGACGAACACAGUGUUGGCACGACUUAACAGUGAACUACAGCAGCAGCUGAAGGACCUGCUUGAAGAGAGGAUAUCCUUGGAAGUUCAGCUGGAGCAGCUCAGACCUUUCUCUCAUCUUUAACCAACGUGAGGAGGAAAACUCGGCUGUAGUUCCUCCGAAACAAAGCUGUGGUCCUCGGUGUGACUCCUCUUCCAUCGCUCCCCUCCCUCCAUUCCCUCCUUCAAUCCUUCCUCCAUUCUAGGCUUUCCCUGGAGGCUCCGGCCCACCGCAGGGCGCUCCGUUAAAACUCGUACGCUCAAUCACACUUAUUAAUCAAAAACUGGAAGGGACCGUGAGAGUCUUACAAAGAGGAGGAGGUGACAGGAGCGUGGAGGGGAUUUUACAAACUGGCACUUUUCAAUUUUCUCCGAAGAGAGGUGAACGUGAGGAUGACGGCGGACUGAGAAAUGGUUAGGAGCGGGCGGACGAGACGCUCUAACCGCGUGUGUGGUCCGAAGAAGAAAAAAAAAACAAGAAACAAACUGCUGGUGUCCGAUUACUUUAACUCUCUGAAUGACUGAAGAAGAAACGCGGAGUGUGUUUGUCGUGUGUGUAACUAUUUGUGUGUAUUUGUGCUCCUGUUUAGUGACUUACUUGAGGCUAGCGGCCAACAUGUUUUGCUCUCAGACUCAGACACACCAAACUCCACGCCGAGAUCAGACCGAUUUUAAAGGAACAGUUCAGCGUUUUGAGGAAAUUUCGCUUUCCUUCUUGGAGUUAGAUGAGAAGCUCUGUGUCAAAUAUCAAGACUGGAAGUGGCUAGCCAGGUCAUUUAACACGUCGUCUCUCUGCACAAAAACAGAACCAGUUUGUGUUUUUUAGGGGGAAUUAUUCUCAGAACUACGACUUCUAACUCUCAGAAAGUCAAAGGCGUAUUUCCCCAAAUGUCAAACUUUUCCUUCAGUCGUCUCACUUAUUGUGUUGCCGGGACUUUAAAAGCAUUUCUGCUUUAAAACAUCAUCAAUGACAGUUUGUCUACUGAACAUUUGCCUCCAGUUUCCGAAAAUCUGUUAAGUCGGUCACAGAUUCAUGCUACGACGCUUAUAAGAAGCUUUGCGCACACGUCGGACAUCUCCGUCUGCUGCUAAGCGGGAAACUGUCGUAUCUUUUGGAGUUUGGUGUGCUCGGUCGCCGUUAAACAUACUUCUGGACAGGACUCUGUGUGUUUGUGUGAGGCCUUUAAAGGCCGAAUCAUCACGGUGAAGGCUUUUUUUUGUUUGUUUUUUUACUCAUCCUGUGACAUGAACUCAGCCCUCCUCUUCUUCUUUACGGCCCCUCGAAGUCUCUGUGUGUGUGUGUGUUGUGUGUGUGUGUGAUGUGUGAUGGCAUGAUGCAUUGGAUGCUUCGUCCUUCCUCUUUAUGUUACAGUGUUUUUUUGGGGGGUGGAUUGAUGUGACUGAAUGGUUUAACUUUAUGCCAAAUGACUGAACUGUCACUGCUCUCUCUCUUUAUCGCCUCAACUCUGGCAGGUUUCUCUGGAUCUAGCUGUGCAAACAACAUUUCAGCUUUUCGUUUAUCUCCAGUCUUUUUUUUAUUUUUUUAUUUUUUUUUAUUUCACCUGGAUGAGAAACCGUUUAGUCCAAACAGACGUUGACUUGAAGGUGUUUUGAAGAUAACUCCAGCUGCUCGACUGCACAAGGCGAGACGUUUAUGAAGAAACCGUGUUGCCGACCGGGGGAGAAGUUUUCCUGUGAUUUUUCCCGGUCGAGCAAACGUGCACAGAUCCAAACAGAAGAUGCAGACGAGAGCAGUCGGGGGACUAUGCAAAGUACGAGCGACACAUCUUCGCAGACCAACUAUACUUAGCUGUUUGUACUAUGAUAGUAGCAACUGUGUGAGCAGUAUACACUUUUUGUAUCUUAGAUCUUCCAAAAACAAAAAAAAAUCUACUGUAUGUUUGCCUUUUUUUUUUUUCCUUUUAUUCUUCCCCUCACACAUCGCUCCCAGCUCCAGAGGGAAGAAAACUCCAGACCAGUGUUUUAUCAGGGGAACUUUCACCCUUAAAAAAAAAAAAAAUCAGCAAGAUACGACCUUUGUUGGUUGUAGAUGAAGCUUAAUAAGACUACAGAUGGAGAUCAGUCAACAGAAAGGGAGACCUGAAUGACCCAACUGCACUUUGAACUUCUUCAACCCCCUCCUCUUCCUCUUCCUCUUCCUCCUCCUCCCUUCUGUAUUUCUUUUGUAUUUUUAUACGUCACGUCCGUCUUUUGCUUUCUUUUAACCUGCAUGUUCUCGUCUUUCUCGUGUCUUUAACAACAACAACAAAAAAAGAUGCCUUAAAGGUCCAGUGUGUGAGAUUUGGGAGGAUCUCCUCUAUAAUAAUUCAGAAGUAUGUUUUCAUUAGUAUAUAAUCACCUAAAAAAAUUAAGAGUCGCUGUGUUUUUGUUGUCUUAAAACGAGGGUCCUCCUCCACGGAGUCCGCCAUGUUCAACCGCCAUUUUUCUACAGUAGCCCAGAACAGACAAACCAAACACUGAUCUAGAUAUUUUUGCUUUUUUAUGUGAGUUUUUCCGACAUGCUUAGAGGCAGAGUGUGAGGCCACUAGGUGGCGCUAAAUCCAACACACUGGAUCUUUUUAAGACGACUGCUUGAGUUUUAUUUCUUCAGUACGACCUGGAAACUGUAACGUUUUUUUGUGCCAGUACCCUAAAAUACCCUGUCUUGUUUGGUUCAUUCUUUAUUUUUUAAAUAUAUAUAUAUGUGUAAAUGUUUUGUCCCUGGAGCUUCCCGUGUGUUUGCGAAGAAUCUUCUAAAGCCUUACUCCCCCCUCUCCUCCACGACCGGCGUUCAGGUUUCCACGGUGGCUGACUGACCUCUCUUCCUUGUUGUAUCAAGGCUCGCCUUCUUUUUUCUGCUGUUGAGGACGAUGAUGUACUCGGUGUGCGUGCGUGCGUAUGUAUGUAUGCGUGAGUGUGUGUUAUGUUGUUUCCAGACCUGGAACUAAUGCCAUUUAAAACCCUAUUAAAAAAUGUGGGGUUGAUUUAUGUUUGCUAGCACAAAUAGCUCCCCCCGUCAUCCCUGAACCUAAAAGGCAAUCCAGACAGGCAGAAGCAAUCGUUACCGGAAGUCUUGAUGGGAUUUUGAAUGCUAUUUGCUCCCAGAUCUGUGUUGUAUAUUGUAUAAUGAUACACACUUUUGGACUCAUAUGUAAAUUUGCAUUAAUUGCUGACUAACAGCGAAAGAAUAUUCUAUUUAAUUCCUUCUCUCUUGGCUGUGGGAUCCUAGAUGUUUAACUGCAUGGAUGUACUGUAUCUCUGCAGAGUCAACUAGCAGCUGUGUGAUUUUUACACAAAAAUAAAAACGGCACAAUAUUUUAAAA